UGGCUCCGCUCCACCCUCCGCCCGGCAGCCGCGUUUUCCCGCUCCAGCUGCCGCCUCCGCUGCCACUGCCGACUCCGUCUCCGCCGCGCACCCCUUGGAGCUCCAGGAUGCCCAACAUUGUGCUCUUCAGCGGCAGCUCGCACCACGACCUGUCCCAGCGCGUGGCCGACCGGCUGGGCCUGGAGCUGGGCAAGGUGAUCACCAAGAAGUUCAGCAACCAGGAGACCAGCGUUGAGAUCGGCGAAAGCGUGAGAGGGGAAGAUGUCUAUAUCAUCCAGAGCGGCUGUGGCGAGAUCAAUGACAACCUGAUGGAGCUUCUCAUUAUGAUCAACGCCUGCAAGAUCGCGUCGUCGUCCAGGGUGACCGCAGUGAUCCCGUGUUUUCCAUACGCCCGACAAGACAAAAAAGACAAGAGCCGUGCUCCGAUCUCUGCGAAACUUGUGGCCAAUAUGCUCUCAGUCGCAGGGGCAGAUCACAUUAUCACCAUGGACCUGCAUGCCUCUCAGAUCCAGGGAUUCUUUGACAUUCCCGUGGAUAAUUUGUACGCGGAGCCCGCAGUCUUGCAGUGGAUCCGGGAGAACAUUGCUGAGUGGAGAAACUGUAUCAUCGUUUCCCCCGAUGCAGGGGGAGCCAAAAGGGUCACGUCGAUUGCCGACAGGUUGAAUGUGGAGUUUGCCUUGAUUCACAAAGAGAGGAAGAAAGCGAAUGAAGUGGACCGGAUGGUCCUGGUGGGCGACGUGAAUAACCGCGUGGCCAUCCUCGUGGACGACAUGGCCGACACCUGUGGCACAAUCUGCCACGCUGCGGACAAGCUGCUCUCAGCCGGAGCAACCAAAGUGUAUGCUAUCCUUACCCAUGGAAUCUUCUCUGGGCCAGCCAUUUCCAGAAUAAACAAUGCCGCCUUCGAGGCUGUUGUCGUCACCAACACGAUUCCACAAGAGGAGAAAAUGAAUCACUGCUCCAAGAUCCAGGUCAUUGACAUUUCGAUGAUCUUGGCUGAGGCGAUCCGAAGGACCCACAACGGUGAAUCUGUCUCUUACCUGUUCAGCCACGUCCCGCUAUAAAUGCACACGAUAGGAGUGUGGAGCGAGCCUGCUAGCAUCUGAGUAGUAUGCGUUUAUCUGAUUUUUAAGCUUUAGGACUUAGCAAUUAGAACGCAAAAGCAUCAGAUCUUUAUCUGUUCCAAAAUCCGUUGUUUUCCCCUUCUAUAGCUCCAGACCGUUAUUAUUUCCAGUUUGGGAGGAAGGUGGCAGUUAUUUGACCUGUGAACUGUCAUAAAUGAGAAAUAUUUUUGUCAUCUUGACUUGUUCUGAUAGGGGACCUUUUCUUUUAUUCUGUCAGUGUUUUACGGCCAUAGCUUUAUAAUUCCAUUGUGGAAGUUCAUAGUUUAUAUUUAGGGUUGCCAAAGGUGACUUUAGGAUAAAGCUUUCUAUGUAGAUAUAUAACAAUAAUGCCUAUGGACGUUUGGGUAAAACCCUGUACAGUAUGAGCCCUUAAACUGUAAGAAAACCUUAGAAAAAUGUAUAAUACCGUGGAUUUCGAAUUUAUUUUAUUUUUUUAGUAACUGGGUUCCAAAUAAACCAUUUCGGUUUUUGUGCUUAAUCUGGACCAAAUUUUAUAUAGUUUAAGAUGGCCACUGACACAUUUUUGGAUAAACAUUAGACAUACCGCAGGCUAUGUAGUUCAGUAUUUUUUUUUUUAUUGCCACUUCUGAAAAGCAUCUCAUAACUAUCGCCUACCUGAAAUGUCACGUUCUAAAAUUUCCAAAAUUAUGUGCAGCGAUAGAUCUGAUCUAGAAACCAUUUUGAGAUAGUGUCUACUCUCACUGACACAUUAAUGCUCGCCUCUGUCCAUCCCAGGUGGACAGUCCUUUGGGUACCUCUUGUCCUUUUAGGUCACAUUUUUUUAGCUCUAGCUUUUACUUUGCCUUUUUUCCAAUAAUUUCACGUCGUGGAUUUCCACCAAAACAAAACUCCUCUAAGUUCCCUCAGGUUUACUAAUCUGAGCGUAAUUUUGCUUUCGAUGUAAACACAAAAGUGAAUUUUUGUGAGUGACCCCGAAUGCAUAUUUAAACAUCAUCUUAAUAGUUUUGAUUUAAUGUUCUUUUGCCUUUUUAAAUCAAAAGUACCAAGUCUUCUAGGCAACUGAUUAUUUCAGCUAAAGUUGUUACUUGAAAAAUGGGGGUAAGAAAGGCCUGUGAAAAAGUACAGAUAAGUAAACAUUAGUUAUUCCCUUAAGAUCCUUUUCAAAUAGGGGCCCAAGGAGUGACUCUGGAGGGGGAGAUGGCUGUCUCCGCGAGAUGGCCCUUGAUGACAUCCUCCAAAGUGAGGUGUCCCCCGACUGCGGCAGAAGGCAAGCCUUACACAUUGGUGGGCAACCUACUGAAUUCUCCAGCCCCGAAAGAAGAGAAUUUGCCUGCAUAAAAUAAUAAACAACAGUCUCUCCCUUCUGCCAAAUCUGAAAACUUGAGAAUAAAUUCCUUAAUCUAAAUUCUGCAAGUGGAAAAAUAAAAUCUUUUUAAGUCAUUAACAAGUAUAACAAUCUUUAAGGUUUCAAACUUCCCUACGGCAAGUUUGAAUCGAAGUUAAAAAGUAUCAUUUUAGUGGUUGCAGAAAUGAGCAUUUAGUUAGACCUUAAAAUGGUUUUUGAGGAAAAAUAUUGUAACCUGGUAAAGCCAGCUGUGCCAUACGGAUUGACUAUAUUUAGAAAGAGUUAACUUGAGAUAUGUAAAGAGCUUAUUUAGAUGCCGUUUACUUUUAAUUUUUGAUAAAUGAGUGAUAUCUCUAUUUCUUACAAUUUUAUGUGCAUAGGGAAAUGAGAUGUAGUUAGGAACAAGCAAACAGUUUGGCAUACAAGUGUAGACAUGCUGACAUGACUAAAACCAGUCCAUUUAAAAGUAAUCAUUUCAAUUAAGAUUUAGAGUAAAAUAGCUAGUUUUAAAAUAAUCUGAAGGUAAAAGAAAAAUCUUUAUUGUCAUUCUCUGAAUUAAGAACUGAUUGAUGAUCGUUAUUGAGCACCGCUUUUGUGUUUAAAAGUACUUCUAAUACAUUGAUUAGACUUUGCCAUGCACAGUGGCAGUGUAGACCUUAGCUGUUGGGUGAUUUCAGUUCGACAAAGAUGAGGAAGAUGGCUUCCAGGCAGCCUCUUCCCAGAACUGGAGCUUCCCUUGCUGGUAUGGAAACAUUUAAGUGAAACUGUUGAAUAUAUAUUGGUCCCGUCCAGCUCUGCUGAAUGGAGGCAGACUCGGCAUGCAUCUGGCCAAAAGGGGAGCCAGAGCAACGUGAAUACACCAGAGUCACUCAGCCUCCAACUUAAUCCACUUACAGAUAUUCAGAUUAUAACUGUCCUUUGUCGGGUGGGAUGUCAACUAGAUUCAGCACUAUAUUAUUUGCAGUGCUUGUAUUGGCUUAGAACAUAGGAUUUUAAGAUCUUCCAACACUGUACUAAAACAUUUCAAUAAAAUCAUACUGCUUCUUUCAAA